AUUUCGCGGGAAAUAGCUCGCUCUCUCUAUUGUUUGUUGAUCAUAUAGGAAAAAAGUUCAGGACAAUCUUAGAAAAUAAUAUUAAAGUUCUUGUGAAAAAAUGUCAUCCCCAGCUUCAACGCCAUCCAGACGACGAAGUAAAAGGGGAAGAACGUCAGAACCUGCCAGUCCAGCCACAGAAGAUGUGGAAAUGCCAAAAACACCUUCAAGAAGGAGUUCAAGAGCAACAACACCAUCCAGUAAAGGUAGUGCGAAGAAAAGAAGGGUAGAUGCCUCUCCUGGAAGUGAAUUGGCUCCUAUGCCGUCAUCCCCUCCCUCUGGUGUACGAGAUGAAUCUCUGUUUUCAAGUCCUAAGGGUGGAAUUCCCACAAGUGAAAUUGAUUUGAGUUCACCAUUGAAUUAUGGAACGCCAAGUUCAAGAGGACCUAUCACACCUCGUACCCCAGGUUUGGGUGCUACACCAAUUCGACAACGGCCAGAUAUUAGAUCUACUAAAAAGAUGAAACAAGUAGCUAUUGGUGGAUCAGAUCCAUCGGAACCAACUAAAGUAACAAGUGAAAUAAGCAGUGAUCCUAAUGCAGGACCACAGUUAGUAAUUUGGGGUACUGAUGUAGUUGUUAGUCAAUGUAAAGAGAAAUUUAGAAGAUUUAUUAGUAAAUAUAUAGACAGACAGAGUGUAGCUGAUGAUGAACAGUUUGAAGGAAUGGAUAUCAGUGAACCAUAUUAUUUACAGAGAUUAGACGAGAUUCAUGUAAUAGGUGAACCAUUCUUAAACAUCAACUGUUCUCAUCUUCGUGAAUUUGACCCUGAUUUAUACAGACAACUCGUCAGCUACCCACAAGAAGUGAUUCCAGCAUUUGAUAUGGCUAUUAACGAAAUGUUCUUUGACCGAUUCCCUGAUACUGUUUUAGAACAUCAAGUUCAGAUUCGUACUUUCAAUGCUGAGAAGACCAAAAAUAUGAGAGCUUUGAACCCUGAAGAUAUUGAUAGAUUGAUUACUAUUGGUGGAAUGGUAAUUAGAUUAUCUCCCUUGAUUCCUGAAAUGAGGGAAGCUUUCUUUCAAUGUCAUGUUUGUGCUUUUCCUGCUACAGUAGAGAUUGAUAGAGGAAGGAUUGCUGAACCUACUCUAUGUUCUAACUGUAACACCAAUCAUUCUUUCACAAUGAUCCACAAUCGAUCACAAUUCAGUGAUAAACAGAUGAUCAAAUUACAAGAAUCACCAGAUGAUAUGCCACCAGGACAGACUCCUCAUACAGUAAUAGUUUAUGCUCAUAAUGAUCUGGUAGAUAAAGUACAACCUGGAGAUAGAGUUACUGUAACUGGUAUAUACAGAGCUACACCAUUACGUGUUAAUCCUAGGAUGAGAAACGUCAAAUCAGUUUAUAAAACACAUAUUGAUGUCAUCCAUUUCCGUAAAGUUGAUGAUAAAAGAUUACGUGAAUCUUCUGAUGAAGGUGAUGAAAGUAAAGAAGUAAUGAAAAUGAGUGAAGAAAGAGUAGAAAUGAUUAAAACGUUAUCGAAGAAACCAGAAAUCUAUCAACAACUAGCUAGAGCUAUAGCACCUAGUAUCUAUGAAAACGAUGACAUCAAGAAGGGAAUUUUGUUACAAUUAUUUGGUGGAAAUAGAAAAGAUUUCACUAGUUCUGGAAGGGGUAAUUUUAGAUCUGAAAUUAAUAUUUUACUGUGUGGUGAUCCUGGUACUAGUAAAUCUCAGUUAUUACAAUAUGUCUUUAACUUGGUACCUAGAGGACAAUAUACAUCUGGUAAAGGUUCCAGUGCUGUUGGUUUAACAGCUUAUGUUACUAAAGAUCCUGAAACAAGACAAUUAGUUCUUCAAACUGGUGCUUUAGUAUUGAGUGAUAAUGGUGUUUGUUGUAUUGAUGAAUUUGAUAAAAUGAACGACAGUACUAGAUCUAUAUUACAUGAAGUUAUGGAACAACAAACUCUGUCAAUAGCUAAAGCUGGUAUUAUUUGUUCCCUGAAUGCCAGAACUUCUAUCUUAGCUGCUGCCAAUCCUGUAGAAUCUCAGUGGAAUAAAAAUAGAACUAUCACUGAAAAUAUUCAGCUACCACAUACAUUGUUAUCAAGAUUUGAUUUGAUAUUUAUUGUAUUGGAUCCACAAGAUGAGUUGUAUGACAGACGUCUAGCCGGCCAUCUUGUAUCGUUAUAUUUCCGAAGUGAAAAGGAGGCAGAGGAAGAACAACUCGAUAUGGGAAUAUUAAGGGACUAUAUAACCUAUGCUAAAGCUGAAAUUCAUCCUAAGAUAAGUGAAGAUGCCAGCCAAGCCUUUAUUCAGGCCUAUGUUGAAAUGAGACAAGUUGGAAGUAGUCGUGGUCAAGUCUCCGCCUAUCCUAGACAACUAGAAUCAUUGAUCAGAUUAGCUGAGGCUCAUGCUAGAAUGAGAUUAUCAGAUACAGUGGAAGUUGCUGAUGUUGAAGAAGCUAGAAGGUUGUAUAAAGAAGCUUUAAAACAAGCAGCAGUAGAUCCAUCAACUGGUAAAAUAGAUAUUACUAUAUUAACUACUGGCAUCAGUGGUGCUGCUAGAAAACGUAAAGCAGAGGUUGCCCAGUCUCUUAAAAAACUUAUCACUGAGAAAGGAAAAGUACCUACACUGAAAUAUCAGCCGUUAUAUGAACAAUUCCGAGAAAGAUCUGACUUCCCUGUAACUAAAGAUAUGUUUGAUGAUGCACUAAAAGAAUUACAAGAUGAAGAUUAUUUGAUAGUUACUAAUAAAGUUAUCAGAUUAUGUUAAAUGUGGUGAAGUUUCUUGUGUUGUAAAUUAUUUGGUGGUACAAAUAUUAAUCUUGUAUAAAAAUGUAAUUUUUAUGAAGUAACGAGUGCUGUUAAUAAAAUGUGCUAAAUUCUGAAUAGCCUCGUGUAUAUGAAAUAUUUUAAUGUAUAUAUUAAGGAUCUCAGUUUUGUCAUUCUAUAUUAUUAGUCUUGACAAUAUUUUUGGGAUGUGGCAGAAAUAAACAAGGGCCCACCAUUGCAGUUAGUUGAAGUAAUAUUGAAAAUUGUUCAGGUACUACUUGUGUUCAAGGUUUGAAUUGGUCCAGAACAUUUUUGCCUUACUAUCCAAGUUAUCUAUGUAAAUAUGUAUAUAUAUUUUGAGAAGAUACCAAGUGUUUACUUGUGUUCAAUUGAUACCAGUCUUGCAUUUAUUACAGACAUUUAUAACAAUAUCAGCAUUUCACUGCCUUGCUGUAUAUUGAGUAGAUCUAGAUUAUCUUUCUAUUAUUGUAUUGAAUUUAUUUGUACAAAAUACACAAAUUACAU